CCACAUUUGCACUCCCUUCCUGCCACUGCUGGGGACGUGCCGUCCACUACAUCUGGUCACUCGGAUGCUGUUCCCAGUGCCCCAAAUCCUCAUCGAGGGUCGAGAGCAUCUCCCGGGGACUUUGACGCGGGGGCGCGCACUGAACGUGGGUCGGGACGCAGACGUGCACUCUCUUUGCUACUCCCUGAGGUGACCCCAAGGUUUGCCAGUUUCGUGACCUAUUGGCGGGUUCACUCUCAGGCGGUGGAAGCCGCUCUGGGCAGAGGGCGGCAGCGAUCAGGACGCAGGAGUCGGGCCAGGCGGAUCCUGCCAGUUGCAAGAGGGACUGCGCGCGGCGCCAAGCGACGCCCCCCUCCAGCGGUCACUGCCCAGGCCGCAGCAGCUGCAGCAGCGGCAACUGCUCGCAUCCCAGCCCCGGCUCGGGUUACUCCUCUCCUCCUCCUCCAGCAUCUCGAGCCAGACGGGGAAAACCUUAUUCAAGUUUGCAGCGAGCACUUUUCCCCGUGCGCAAAACUGGGGGUCUGGAAACGCACCGAGACCGGCAUCCUUUCCCGCGUCUCCACCUUUGAACCUAAACGGAGACUCCUAAGUGUCGUUCUCUUCUGGGACGCUGCUUGGAGGUUAACUGCGCGGUUUGGGACAGAUUUUGUUUCUCGGCUGGCGCUGGGUGAAAACCAGGGGAAGAGGGUUGCGUUACGAAUCUCAGGAUCACGGGACCUGGGUUGUAUUUCAGAAAAAAUGGUUAUUUCUUUGAACUCAUGCCUGGGCUUUAUCUGUUUAUUGUGGUGCCACUGGAUCCGGACAGCAUCACCUCUGAAUCUUGAAGACCCUAAUGUGUGUAGCCACUGGGAAAGCUACUCAGUAACCGUGCAAGAGUCAUACCCACAUCCCUUUGAUCAAAUUUACUACACUAGCUGCACUGACAUCCUGAACUGGUUUAAAUGUACACGGCACAGAGUCAGUUAUCGGACAGCCUAUCGACAUGGGGAAAAAACUAUGUAUAGACGCAAAUCCCAGUGUUGUCCCGGAUUUUAUGAAAGCAGGGAAAUGUGUGUCCCCCACUGUGCUGACAAAUGUGUCCAUGGUCGCUGCAUUGCUCCAAACACCUGUCAGUGUGAGCCUGGCUGGGGGGGGACCAACUGCUCCAGUGCCUGCGAUGGGGAUCACUGGGGACCUCACUGCAGCAGCCGGUGCCAGUGCAAAAACAGGGCUCUCUGCAACCCCAUCACGGGGGCUUGCCACUGCGCUGCAGGCUUCCGGGGCUGGCGCUGCGAGGACCGCUGUGAGCAGGGCACCUACGGUAAUGACUGCCACCAGAGAUGCCAGUGCCAGAACGGUGCCACCUGCGAUCACGUCACAGGGGAAUGCCGCUGCCCACCAGGAUACACUGGAGCCUUCUGUGAGGAUCUUUGUCCCCCUGGCAAGCAUGGCCCACAGUGUGAGCAGAGAUGCCCCUGCCAAAAUGGAGGAGUGUGUCAUCACGUUACCGGGGAAUGCUCUUGCCCUCCUGGCUGGCUGGGCACAGUGUGUGGUCAGCCUUGCCCUGAGGGUCGCUUUGGAAAGAACUGUUCACAAGAAUGUCAGUGCCAUAAUGGAGGGACGUGUGAUGCCGCCACAGGCCAAUGUCAUUGCAGUCCAGGAUAUACAGGGGAACGGUGUCAGGAUGAGUGUCCUGUUGGUACGUACGGAGUGCACUGUGCGGAGACCUGCCAGUGUGUCAAUGGAGGGAAGUGUUAUCACGUGAGUGGCUCGUGCCUCUGCGAAGCAGGCUUUUCUGGUGAGCACUGCGAGGCACGCCUGUGUCCGGAAGGUGUCUACGGCAUCAAAUGUGACAAGCAGUGCCCCUGCCACCUGGACAGUACUCAUAGCUGUCACCCCAUGUCUGGAGAGUGUGCCUGUAAGCCAGGCUGGUCGGGACUCUACUGUAAUGAGACGUGUUCUCCUGGAUUCUAUGGGGAAAUUUGCCAACAGAUCUGCAGCUGCCAAAAUGGGGCUGACUGUGACAGUGUGACUGGGAAGUGCACCUGUGCCCCAGGAUUCAAAGGGACUGACUGCUCUGCCCCGUGCCCUCGGGGAACCUACGGGGUAAACUGCUCCUCUUUCUGUGGCUGUAAGAACGAUGCUGUCUGCUCUCCUGUGGAUGGGUCUUGUACUUGCAAGGCAGGCUGGCACGGGGUGGACUGCUCCAUCCGCUGUCCCAGUGGCACCUGGGGCUUUGGCUGUAACUUAACAUGCCAGUGCCUCCAUGGCGGAGCCUGCAACACCCUGGAUGGGACCUGCACAUGUGCACCUGGAUGGCGAGGGGAGAAAUGUGAACUUCCCUGCCAGGAUGGCACGUAUGGGCUGAACUGUGCCGAGCGCUGUGACUGCAGCCAUGCUGAUGGCUGCCACCCCACCACGGGCCAUUGCCGCUGCCUCCCGGGAUGGUCAGGUAUCCACUGUGACAGCGUGUGUACUGAGGGACGCUGGGGCCCCAACUGCUCGCUGCCCUGCUACUGCAAAAACGGGGCCUCGUGCUCCCCUGACGACGGCAUCUGUGAGUGUGCACCAGGGUUCCGAGGCACCACUUGUCAGAGAAUCUGCUCCCCUGGUUUUUAUGGGCAUCGCUGCAGCCAGACAUGCCCACAGUGUGUGCACAGCAGCGGGCCCUGCCACCACAUCACGGGCCUGUGUGACUGCCUGCCUGGCUUCACAGGUGCCCUCUGCAAUGAAGUGUGUCCCAGUGGCAGAUUUGGGAAAAACUGUGCAGGAAUUUGUACCUGUACCAACAACGGAACCUGUAACCCUAUUGACAGAUCUUGUCAGUGUUAUCCGGGGUGGAUUGGCAGUGACUGCUCUCAGCCUUGUCCACCCGCCCACUGGGGCCCGAACUGCAUCCACACGUGCAACUGCCACAACGGGGCCUUCUGCAGCGCCUACGACGGGGAAUGUAAAUGCACUCCCGGCUGGACCGGCCUCUACUGCACGCAGAGAUGUCCUCUGGGGUUUUAUGGAAAGGACUGUGCGUUGAUAUGCCAGUGUCAGAACGGAGCCGACUGCGACCACAUCUCUGGGCAGUGUACUUGCCGCACCGGGUUCAUGGGGAAGCACUGCGAGCAGAAGUGCCCUGCAGGAACAUAUGGCUAUGGCUGUCGCCAGAUAUGUGACUGCCUGAACAACUCCACCUGUGACCACAUCACUGGGACCUGUUACUGCAGCCCAGGAUGGAAGGGGGCACGAUGUGAUCAAGAAACCCUUCCUCACAGCAAUAGUGGCAAUGCUAACAGCCAUUACUUCACCAAUCCCAGUUACCACACACUCACCCAGUGUGCCACGUCCCCUCACGUCAACAACCGGGACAGGAUGAGCAUUGCAAAGUCCAAAAACAAUCAGCUGUUUGUGAAUCUGAAAAACGUGACUCCUGGAAAGAGAGGCCCAGUGGUGGACUGCACGGGGACGCUGCCCGCAGACUGGAAACAUGGUGGCUACCUCAACGAGCUUGGUGCUUUUGGACUUGACAGAAGUUACAUGGGAAAGUCCUUGAAAGACUUGGGAAAGAAUCCUGAAUAUAAUUCAAGUAACUGCUCUUUAAGCAGUUCUGAAAACCCAUAUGCCACUAUUAAAGAUCCACCUGUACUUAUCCCCAAAAGCUCAGAAUGUGGUUAUGUGGAGAUGAAGUCACCAGCUCGGAGAGAUUCCCCGUAUGCAGAGAUCAAUAACUCAACUUCAGCCAACAAGAACGUCUAUGAAGUUGAACCUACAGUGAGUGUUGUCCAAGGAAUGUUCAGCAACAAUGGGCAUCUCACUCAGGAUCCAUACGACCUCCCAAAGAACAGUCACAUACCUUGCCAUUAUGACCUGCUGCCAGUCCGAGACAGUUCAUCCUCCCCUAAGCAAGAGGAUGGAGGCGGCAGCAGCAGCAGCAGCAGCAGCAGCAGCAGCAGCAGCAGCAGCAGCAGCGAAUGACACCAAAGGACCGCUCGGUAGCCACUGGAGCCCUUUCCAGAACUGCAGUCCGGUUCUUCUCCAUCCUCCAGUUUGCCACUGAUUAUGAAUGUUAAUCUGCAUGGUAGGCAAUUGCUGAUGUAAACCAGAAAGCUCAAAGCUGAGGUUGGCUGAGCAUAGGUCCUUUUCUACAGGUGGCUUGGAAGGAGAUAUCAAAGUGAGUUCCCAUUCUUGUUAGUUUUAGGACUGCACCCAGAAAGCAUGGCUUACUGUAAAAUCUUGGUUACAAGCAUGACCUUGCAGAUCUCCUUCAGACACGUGGGUUGCAGUGGACAUUGGUAUUAUUGCUUGAAAAGUUAAAAUUUAAAUAUUUUCUUUCUCAUGCGCAUUGUAGAGCUAUACCUAGGAUUGUGCAGUUUACCAUAAAACUUAGUGUGAAUCACUAAACAUGUAGAGGAAGAGGAGCAUAUUAUUGAGUCCUGAUUGUUUAUGUUUUUUUCAGCUGGACUCAGAAUUGUCGGGAUAAUAUGAACCCAGGAGGAAACGUUCUGUUGAGUGGCAUAACUCGAUAGACUUUGAACAAACUCUAGAAGUGGAAUAGCAAAUUUAAAUAUGAAAACCUAGACUUUUUUAGAAUGAAGAAAUGUACCAUUAGAAUUAUUUUAGAAAUACUAGAAUUAUUACAGGAAUCCAUAUGUGCCAGGCAGAGGGGAUCUUUCUGUCUGUCUGACCCUUGGCCCACUUUAAAUCCAUGACAUUAUUCUGGUCACUGUCCCUAUCAUACACAUUCACGACUUGAGAUCCAUAACAUAUCAGUAAUUAUUUCAUAAAUAUAGAAAUGAAAUAAUUUUAUUUUUGACAGACUGGAUUGAAUGAGUGUAUAAUGCUUGGAAAAGGCUGUAAAUUUUAAGUGUAAGGAGACACUUAAGUUUUGUAAACCAUUAGUAAUACAUGCUGUAAUAUAGAAUUAGCAGAAAGUUUUUAUUAAUUUUCCCCUAGAAGUGACUGAAAUAUUUUUGUGCAUAUUUGAGAAAAGGGCACUUUUCUUUUUAUUAAUUGUUGAUUUAGAGAAACUAUGCUUAAGCUGGUCUUUUGCAUUGCUAAUAUGACAUGUACCCCAUUUUUCUUUAAUUUGUAUUUUCACUUUUAAGUUGUAUAUUCUAUGUUUUGUAGUGUUUGAAUUGUUAAUGAAAAAAUAUUAUAUGUUCAUUGUUUCUUGUAUUAUUGGCACUUAUCUUUUUGCUUGAUAAAAGUGAAUUGUUGUUUUUUUCUUUUGGAGGGAGGAGAUGAAAAUAUAUAAGUUGACUCUAUUGAAAUUGGUC